AUGGAAGAGCGCACCCACAGCCCGGAUGAAGAAUUGAGGCAGCUUCGACAGCAGCGGUUCAGCAAGGUCAUCCCUCGGAUUCUCAGACCACUGAAAACGCAAGGGAGAUCUCUGCAGCCGGUUCUUGUCCACGGGGAUCUGUGGGAAGGGAACGUUGCCAUCGACAAGACCACCGGGCGGCCUGUCAUUUUCGACGCAUGCCCUUGCUAUGCGCAUAACGAAUACGAACUCGCUCCUUGGUGGGUGCCUCGUCAUAAGAUCGCUCGCGAUUAUGUCAACAAAUAUGCUCAGCUUAGAAAGCCCUCCGAGCCGGCUGAAGAUUUCGAAGAUCACGGACUGGUGUAUUGCCUGUUUGAGGCCUUUGUGUCGUCGCUUCACCCCAACUAUCUGGAGUUCCGCAAAAUCAACUUGUCGACAAACAUCCUGGAGGCUAUGAGCAGUAUCGAAUCGAGCAAGGGCUUGAACCACUCUCAGCAUGAAGGAUUCUUCUUGGAUUCACACGAACACGCCGGAAUUGUUUCUUCUCAACGGCCCGGCAACAUGAGAAGCGUCACAACCACUCAGCUUCCCGGUUAUAAUCUGUGGUCCUACUCCAUCAUUCAAAAACUUCAGGGGCUGAUUAUCGCUACCAUUGCCAUUAAGUUCAUGCGAACAGCGGGUGACUCCCGAUCGAUACACACUGAGAUUUCCUUGCUCUUCCCACUCAAGCCAGCAAAGCCUUUGUAUGUACCGAUCCACCAGCCAGGUAACGGUAAUCCAAAGUCAGCCUCCAUGCAAUUCCACAUCAUACGAUUGGAGCAGGCUGUACUUGUGGGCAAGGCCGCAAGUGAUCACUCCAAGUACCAGGGCGACAGAAAAGGUGUUGCCUGGCGGUAA